AUGUUUAUCAAUAUACUCAUAGAAGGAAAAAUCUCAGUAAAAGCAUCAAUUAAUAUAACAUCUAAAUUCAAUACCAUUAGCAAAAGCUUGUUUGAUAAGCUUGAAGAAGAUUAUGGGUUGGAAUGUUUAUCUGGUGAUGAAUUAAUCGCAAAAAUAAGCUUAGAAUAUCCUCCCAAAACUUAUACUCAUCGUGCUAGGAUUGUAAUAGAUGAUAUAAGUAUUCUAUUAAUUAAAGAAAAUAACAAUAAAGCUAACCCUACUAAAAACAACACACCUAGGUCUGAUUUAUCAAUAGAUAAGAUUACGAAUAUGAUUAAAAAAAUUCUUUUAGAUAGAG